UGCCCUGGAGAGAAGAUGUUUGGUUUUUACAAGCCAAAGAUGUACCGAAGUAUAGAGGGCUGCUGUAUCUGCAGAGCCAAAUCCUCCAUUUCCCAGUUCACGGACAGUAAAAGCUACGAAAAGGACUUCCAGAGCUGUUUUGGGUUGUACGAGACUCACUCAGGAGACAUCUGCAAUGCCUGUGUGCUGCUUGUGAAAAGAUGGAAGAAGUUGCCAGGGGGAAAAAAAAAAAAUUGGAAUCACGUGGUAGAUGCAAGGGCAGGACCCAGUCUGAAGACAACGUUGAAACCAAAGAAGGUGAAAACUCUGUCUGGAAACAGGAUGAAAAGCAACCAGAUCAGUAAACUGCAGAAGGAGUUUAAAUACCACAAUUCGGAUGCUCACAGCACCACCUCAAGUGCCUCCCCUGCCCAGUCUCGCUGCUACAGUAACCAGUCGGACGAUGGCUCAGAUACGGAGAUGGCGUCCAGCUCUAACAGGACCCCAGUGUUUUCCUUCUUAGAUCUUACCUACUGGAAAAGACAGAAGAUUUGUUGUGGGAUCAUCUACAAGGGCCGCUUUGGGGAGGUCCUCAUAGACACGCAUCUCUUCAAGCCUUGCUGCAGCAGUAAGAAGGCAGCUGCUGAGAAGCCCAAGGAGCAGGGGCCGGCGCCUCUGCCCAUCUCUACUCAGGAGUGGUGA